AUAACAGGAUAAAUAGAAUUUUAGAAAACGAGAGGAAAGGAAGCAUUUUAGGCAGGGAAAACUACAUAUGCAAAGAUAAAAAGAAAAUGAAAGAUUAUGGCCCUUUUCUGACAGUAAAUCGGAUUCCGGGUAGAAUCAUAGGGCAAUAUGCAAAAUAUAUGUAGGGAACAUCUAGAUUAUUCUUACCUGUUCGCAGAGGGAGCCUCACAGACUACCUCAGAUUUCCCCUCUCUCCCACCGCACCCCCCAGUUAAGUGCCUGGGAUGAAUUCUAAGUUAAUGCUCACCCCACUGGAUCACACCUACUUGACUAAAAUAACUUGCAGAAGGCAAUAGGAUACUGUGUGAAUUUAUACAGUGGGGGAGGGAGUGGCUUGCUUUAAGUAAAACUGAUAUAUAGCAAUUGUAGAAUUGUAUACAUUUGAAAUGUAAUUGAAUUUGCAUAUUGCUCUUUAGGAUUACACUAGUUAUAUUGAGUUAAGUACUGUUUAAAGCAAUAGAAAGCAACCACAGUACACUAGGAGCCUGCUAAUCCCUACUGAUGCUGCACGUUAAUGUGUCCGGCCCUUUGCUCAUGCUGUUCCCUCUGUAAUCCUCACUCUUCAUCUUUUCUUCUCCCUCAAGGCCAGGUUAAAAUGCCACCUGCUGUUUCACUUCUGUUUUCUGCCGGUACAUGCUCUCCGUUCUGAUCCCAUGGCACUAAAUAGUGCUUUUCUAAUAGAAGGCUCACCACAUUAUCACAAUCAUUUGUGUGUUUCUCAGCCGUGGCACUGGAGGCGUUUGGGGCCAGACAGUUGCUUGUUGCGGAGGACCGUCUCGUAAAUGGUAUUUGCCAGCGUUCCUGGACUCUACCCGCUAGAUGCCCGUAGCAUCCUUCCCAGUUCUGACAACCAGAAACGUCUCCAGACUUGGCCGAAUGUUCCCUUUCUGGGGCAGGUGGUUGCAAAAUCUCCUGUAAGAACCACGGUUCUCACGUUUGAGCCAUGUGAGGCUCAGCAUCCGUUCAAUAAUAAGAUGACACAGCACUCCCCAAUGCUUUUGGACAUGAAAAUCUCUUUACAUCAAUUUCAUAAACCCACUUAGAAAAUUUGUAGACAACAUUAAAGAUAGGAUGAAGUAGUGACUUGAGUAAAAAAAUUAGUGUAUUGAAACUGAAGUUCUUUUAGUCUGUAGCAAUGUUUGUUACAUAAGCAAAUUUCAGUUUUUCCCAUUUAACAAGUGAUACAAUCUUGAACUCACUUUGAUAAUGUAGAAAACCAUCUAUGAUUGCUAAAGUUUGCAGCCCCUUCAUUCUCCACAUGUUCCUCCAUUGAUCUUAUCAUCAUCCAACUCAUACUUUAUAUUUCUAUUGCAUAUAGUCUGUGCCUCACUAGAAUAUAAUCUCCCAAGAGGACUGGGAUUUUGAUUUCCAUCACCAAGAACAGUGCUUCGUACAAGGCAGUUCCUCAAUAAAUGAUUACCAAAUGAACGGAUUUGAUCAGCUUUAAGAUAAAAUUUUAUUUUGAGACAAAAUUCAUGCUAAGGUUACAGACGAUUCGUGAAAUGAGUGACUCUGAGGAUGAUGAUGUCCCCCAGCUGUCUUCCCACGCCUUAGCAGCCCUCCAGGAAUUUUAUUCUGAGCAGAAGCAACAAAGCGACCCAGGCGGGGAUGAUAAAUAUAAUAUUGGAAUAAUAGAAGAGAACUGGCAGUUGAGCCAGUUUUGGUACAGCCAGGAGACCGCUUUGCGACUUGCCAAGGAAGCCAUUGCAGCCGCGGGAGAAUGUGGCAGAAUAGCCUGUGUGAGCGCCCCCAGUGUUUACCAGAAACUGAGAGAGCUACACAGAGAAGACUUUUCUAUAUACAUCUUUGAAUAUGACAAAAGAUUUGCUAUAUACGGAGAGGAGUUUAUCUUCUAUGAUUACAAUAAUCCAUUGGAUUUACCUGAAAAAGUUGCUGCACACAGUUUUGACAUCGUAAUAGCAGAUCCCCCCUAUCUCUCCGAGGAAUGUCUCAGGAAAAUGUCAGAAACUAUCAAGUAUCUGACUCGGGGCAAGAUUCUGCUGUGCACAGCACAAGUUGAAAGUUCUCUCCGUGAACCUUCCCUCCAGAUCGAACUAAGGCUGAUUCUCGGCAACUAGGAAGCUAAAGCUCUGGCAUUCGUGCAGCCCCUGAUGCUGGAGAGUGAAAGACACUUCGUGGUUUGGCUGGGGUGUCACGGAAGAGAAGACAGACGGACUUUGCAGGAGCAGUUGAUCUUUCAAACACCAAAUGAGACUUAAUUUAAAUCUCAACCACGGAAUUAAGAUAAAGUGAAGAUUGUUAGCUUUUUCUGGAAACCAGCCGAGCCCCAAGAGAAACGCACGCGGCCAACGUACCCUUCAUCCACCGUUGCUUUAAUGAUUUAAAAAGAAAUUCUCGCUUUUACAAAUAAUGGUGUUCAACCUACAGAAGAGACUGUGGAUUCAGCUCACAUCGCAGGGUGUGAAAAAGAGGCCCCCAAUACUGACUUCUGGGAAUCGAAAGUUGGCCGGCUUCUCCCAUUCGCUAGUUCCUGAGGCCCUGAAACUGAGACUUGGAUUCUUGACACGUGGCAGAGAUACCACAUUCUACCUCUCGCCUCAUCCCUCCACCUCUUACUUGGCCCCACUUGCUUUCAAAGCGAAAACAAAUGUUCAGCUGUAUGAAUCUGCGGCCACAUGUAUGCUCCUGAACAAACCAAGUCUGAGAUCCCUGGAACCCCUGGCCUGGGGGCGCGAGCAGAGCCCCGGGGCUUCCCUGUCCGGCGCAGGGCAGCCUGCGGAGACCUUCAGCCGAAGCGGGUCACGUUUAGCCCCGUCCGUUCUGGUGUGGUCAGCGACUGGGGCCUGGCCGAAUCCGGGGACGGCCACCGCGCCAGCUAAAAAGUUUAUCUGAAGAUCCCAAUCGUGCUUCUGAAAAAAUCUUGCCAGAGCAAGUGAAAACGAAAUGGUUAGAAAAUACACGUGACGUAAAAAGUUCUUAAUAGAAUUGCUCAAAACUCCUUCUAUAAAAAUAGCUUUUCCUCCGUUGAAAGCAGUGGAAUAAAAAGGUAGGUAUGUAUCCCACCUUUUUAAAGCAAUUGCCUUCCGGAAGCACCACCUACCACCUGGCUCCGGAGGGUCACCCCCUCCCCCUGGAGGCCCUGACGGUGCGCGGCGCUGCGGGGAAGGCUCGGAGCCCGAGGGCCGCCGACUCACGUUUUCCCCUCCCGGCCUCCAGCCACCUUGGGCAGGUCCCGGCCGCACGCCGCCGCCGGCCUGACGUCGCGUCCCCGGUGACUUCCGGCAGCCGGAAGGAAAGCGGGGGUGGGAGGGCGGCCGGCCUGGGCCGAGGGCCCGCCCCGCGCAGGUGCGUCCCGUUGUCCCCUUCGCUCGCCGCGUCCUCGCUUUCUCGCCGACGACGCGGCUCCGGGGACGCGGGCCUCGGGCAGCAAGGGCCUCAGGGCCGGCCCGGCUUGUCGCCGGGGCCGAGCAGAAGCCUGGCGCCCUGCUUGUCCAUGCUGGAGUUGACGGCGUCGGCCUCCUUCUCCUGCUCGGGGACGCAGGUGCAGCCCACGGGCACGGUGACGUACUCCUCGGUGUACACCCAGCGGCCGCCGGCGCAGGCCGAGGUCCGCCGCAGGAUGACGGUGGGCAUGUACACCGGGGCGCUCCGGAAACGUAGGUCCUCCUCCCCGAAGAGCCCGGUCAGGCAGCCCCUGCACAGGCAGUAGGCCUCGGGCAGGUACUUGGGGUACCUGGCAGGGUCGUAGGAAAUUCUGCAGGGAAGAGGGCGCGGGCUCAGUUCGUGCCCUGGGGCAACGGAACACACGACGCGCGGAGAGAGGGCAGCCUCCAAAAGAUUUCGGCCUCGGGACCGGUAAGCCCGGGGACCACUGGUUACUGGGGCAGGAAGAAAGGUGGGGCCGGAAGUUAAUCUGGCAGGCGGUUAGCGUCCACGCGAGACCCCGAUCUAACAGGUCAACCGUGUGAGUCCGCCGGCUGUCAAGCGGUGAAGACGGGGUUUAUAGCUACUCUCAGGCCGUUCCUUGACAACGCUCUCAGAGUCUGCGCUAACAUACAUAGAAAAGGAAAAUGUAUAUAUUCACGCUAAUGCCUGAAAUUCAUCACCAAAGUUACAGCCUGGCAGAGGCAGCAGGCGGCUUGAGAGAGGCCGGGGGGCCGGUGAGCCAGUGGGGUGCUCACUGACAGGUGACCGGUACACCCACCAGAACCUGAAACAGCCUCUGUGCCUCUGGCCACAACUUCCAGCCCUGAGCUUUAGAGCAGUGGUCCCCAAGGCCCCAGAUCUGCCUCCCCUCCGGCCACCGGGCUCUGCAGCCCCAGGUGGCCUGCCCACACUGCCCCCUUCCGUCUCCAGGAAGGGGCCAUCUCUGCAAGGAGCAGACACUGGCCACCCGGGCUCUGACAGAGCCAUGGGCCUUUGCUCGAGACACCUGUCCAGAAGGUCACAGGGUAGGCCCUGUGUCCAUCUGUCUGUCAGGGUCUGUGUGCCCUCCUCUGUUAAGGGGCCAAAGCCGCACUGGGGAGGGCAGCCUGGCCAGCCGGGAACAUUGGGGAAAUGAACGCCGGUUUAAAUGUGAUCAUUUCCAUCCUCUGCCAAGGCUCCCUACUUUCUGGUCAGACGCCAAAAACCAACGUCAACACCUACAAAACAGCCUGCUGCCACAAUACCAGAGGAGUGUAGGGCUUGGUGGAGUCAGAUGGCUCCCUGGGAGGAAAAAAAAAAAAAAGCACCUUCAGACAGAACUCUACCGCCCCCCCCCCCCCAUCAUCCCCUUCAGUGAGCCAAGAGGCCAUCUGGUCACUAGUGGGGACUCAGGGCCCCUCCCUAAUGUCCCCUCACACAGGGGAUUGCUAUGACCCCAAAUUCUCACUUCCAUUAAUCUCCCCAUUGAAAACAUGUACAGUCCUCUUAUGAAUGUUUCUUCCUCUUCUGGAGCCGAGUCGUAGGGACCCUAAACUCUCAGAGUCAGAAGCCAUGACUUCCAACCUCUCAAGCCACACGUUCGUAGACCUACAACAUGCCGAGCCCAGGAGGCCCCCCAGGGUGCCGUGCCAAAGGGGCCUAUGAUCUAAGCUUUUAAAUCUUAAAGGGGCCUGUGAUCUUAAGCUUUUGAGGUGUGCCCAAAGGUUUUUACAGACAAGAACUCGAGGUGUAUAUGGUUUCUCAUCCGGGUUUUGUUAACGCGUGCUCUGAGAGUGGAGUGUGGCUGCACAGGGAGGGACAGUGGCCCGAGCUGGCCCUCACCCUGCAGAGUUUGCACAGCUGUACGUCCUUCAGAUGGAAACCCCUCUGGACUGGUUCUCCCAUAGGUCCUCGCUGCUAAUGACUCAAAUUCAUCCACAAAGUGAAGAAAUUUCCGGCUAAGAAGUGUGUUUGGACCAUCCAAUUAAAGAACGGGGAGUAGGGGGCUUAGGAGAAGUGGGGGCGGGUGAGCGAGUAGUGGGAUGUCCAAGAACAGAGCUGAGGGUUUCUUUCGGAAAGGAGCUAAAAGGUGGGCAGGCGGGCAGUGCUGGCUGUGAGUGGGGGCGUGGGGGGUGGAAGCCUGAAUGGACUUGAAGCGUGGCAGUGCUGGGAUCGUUAGACCGAUUGGCCAAGAGGCUUCUCCAUCGAGAAGCUCGUGUCGGUGAGGCAAGUGUUAACUCUCCGUCAGUGGCUGGAUGAGGGUGGUUGGCUCCAGAUGUGUCAGGAAAGGACAUGGGUUUCUUUUUCUGUUUGGAUCCAACAUCUUUGGAUGUUAGUGGACUGAAGCGUGAUUGGGUGGGGAAGAGUCUAGAAGCGGUUAUCUUCACACAGCGGCAAGUUUACUCGCCGCCGGCUACGUGCCAUUUACACAGUCCGAAGGAACUCGGGGAGCCGUGCAUCCCAGAGCGCAGAGCGGUGGGUGAGCUGGACGGCACCUGCUGCACGUAGACAGAAAGGAGGCCAGGGCGCCCAGGAACCGGCAGGGUGCCACGGAGCAGGAGGGUGACCGUCACACCAGAGGACCCAGGUCCACCUGCCACUGGAGCCUGCCAAGAGGGACAUCUCCAGGUAUGCGGCCACUGUUUGCAUGUGGAGGAUGAGGUCAGAGGAGAAGUCGGCAGUGACUCCAAGGCUCCCCUUUGGGGUGCCCAGAAGAACAGGAGCAGCAUCGCGGGGAGCAAGGGGGCCUCAGACACAGGUGUCCCUGCUGGGGGCUUAGCGCUCGGUCACAGACCCCUUCCGCUUCCCUCUCGAACUACCCGGGCAGAGUCAGGGUGAGAGCUGAUAAAUCUGUUACACGCAAACAGGAGCAGGGCAGGGUGGGGCCGUCUGCACAAUCGAGUGAUCUCCGAGGCCCCGACACUGAAACCACACCGAUCUUGUCUAUUCAUCCUUCCCUCCAACAUGAACACAAAAAUAGUAGCUGAAAAAGACUUUCUGAGCUUCUUAUCGCUACUCUUUCCUGAGUUCUGCCAUCAGGAGCUUUUGGAACGUGGUGAGCUCUCCCCUCGCGAGGACGGAUGAAGCUGUCCACCGUAACGUUCCAGCUUUUUCAGCCUCCUCUGUGAAGCCUCAUUCCCACCCCUCACUGGGGUACGCGGGUGAGCUAUGGGGGUCCGUGUCGGGAAGAGUCCAAGCCCUUUGCCUUGCCUGCAGAGGCCUCCACCACGUGGUCCCCACACCUCUCCAGCCUUCGUGUCUCGUCCCUGGCGCGUCCCAGCCUCCGGUCAUCCCCAAGCAGAGUGCCCCCUGCAAGUGCCGCAGCUAAGCGUUUGCUCGAUGCCCUCGCCCCCAAACCAGUGUCGACUCAAUGAAAUCUUGCCAUAAUCAGGGUCCAAUUCAGAUCAUUAAAAGUUUUCCAAUUCCCUUAGUCAGUUAACCUCUUUAUGCCCCACAUCCUCCUAACACUGGGUGCCCGUGAGAUAGAGCUUCACUUUCUCUACGCCUUCCCCUGGGAGGGAGGAUCGGGGCCGUAUUUCUACUCAUCCUUGUGGCCUAGCAUGAGAAUAAGAGUUCGGUGGCUGGUGAGCUGGUGACAGUGGGUCUGGACCACACAGCUUCCUGUCCUUCAUACCCUGAAGUCCAUAUGAGACCGUAACUUAAAGUUCAAAGGAAAAGGAAUUUGUACCGCCUCCAGUCACCUUCAGCAUUCAGUCAACACCUGAGUGCCAGUGACGUUUCGGAUAGUGAGGAUGUAGGUGAAACACAUAUCUACUGUACGUCCGGGGAGACAAAUGCACACACACUUAGAGGGUGUAUCCAGCCAUGGCAGCGGGGGAGGCUUCCCAGCAAAGGUGGUUCCUGGAUGGAUUCGUCCAGAUGAAGAGGGGA